UUUCUUCCCCCUAUCGGGCUAAAAGGCUCGGCGGCCGUGAUCCGACCGAUCGCGAAAAACUCAGGGAAGAUCUCUUCUCUCUCUCUCUCUCUCUCUGCUUCUGCGAAGGCAAAUUCACCGCUAUUUAUCAACAUGGACGCACAUCACGCGUCUCUUGGUCGACGAACGUUGCAAGAAAUUCGACAAAAGAGAGCAGCAGAGAGACUAGUCAAGACCUCAUCCGGGCCCGAUCUCACCAGUGCUUCGAAUUCCGAUGAUGGCAUGGGAAUUAAGAAAUCAGAGAGCGGCGGUCGACUGUCAGAGAGUGAUGUUACUGGUCUAGUAUCUCAGCUGAAAGACCUGCAUAGAAAGAAUAUGGAAUUGGAAGAAGAUAAUGUAAAAUUGAUCUCGAAGCUCCAGACAACGGAGGCGGAGAAUCAUGUGCUGCAAAAGCGUAUAAAUGAUCUGGAACAGAAUACUGUGCCAUCCUUGCGAAAAGCUCUCAAGGAUGUGGCAAUGGAAAAAGAUGCUGCAGUUGUUGCUCGGGAGGAUCUCUCAGCCCAACUUCGAACCAUCAAGAAACGUUUAAAGGAAGCUGAAGAAGAACAAUACCGUGCAGAAGAAGAUGCAGCAGCUCUGAGAGCAGAAUUAAAUUCAAUGCAGCAACAAGCAAUGAGUGGUCCACUCGGUGGCAUAACCACAAUGGGAAUUUCACCAGAUUACAUGCAAUCCAUGGAAAAAGAGCUAGCCAGUUUGAAAUCCCAGUUGGAGCAAGAGUCACUGCUGAGGCAGCAAGAGCAACAACAUUUGGCAGAGGAACAAGCUCGGAUGUCUUCCCUCGUCUCUGAAAAGCAGGAGUUGGAAGAGAAACUUGCAGUUAUCUCCAAAAGGACCUCAGAAGAAGUUUCAGUGAAAGCUGCUCAGAGGGCAUUUUCAGUGGAAGACAAGGAGAGACUUGAGAAGCAAUUGCAUGAUAUGGCAGUGGUGGUGGAGAGAUUGGAGAGCAGCAGACAGAAACUGCUAAUGGAGAUUGAUUCACAAUCUUCAGAGAUAGAGAAGCUUUUUGAGGAGAAUUCUAACCUUUCAUCUGCUUAUCAAGACGCAAUGGAUGUGGUAGUGCACUGGGAGAAUCAGGUGAAAGACUGUCUUAAGCAAAAUGAGGAGCUCCGUAGCAUGCUAGAUAAGUUGAGAACAGAACAGACUAGUACACCGCCAUUCAAUGGCAUGGAGACGCAGAAAAGCCUGCUGGAAGCAACAAAAGAGGUGGGGAAUGAGACUGUUCCCCAGGCGUACGCAGCGGAAAUUCUUUCCCUCAAGGGCUACCUUGCUAAAGAACAAAGCAGAGCAGAGGCACUAUCAGCAGACGUUUUGCAGCUUUCAGCGCGACUCCAACAAGCUACACAAGCAUACCAUGGUCUUGCGCGGCUCUAUAAACUUGUAUUGCGGAAUAUUGAGAGCAGUCUCCUCAAAAUGAAGCAAGAUGGUUCGGUGACCGUGCAGUGAAGAUGCCGAGCAGUUUCUGGACAGAUCAACGCUUAAGUGGUAUUAUCCCGCGGGGGGAACUAGUUUGAAACUUAGGUCGUUCUUGCUUAAACACUGAUUGUUGUAGAAUUCGCAGAGAAAAAAUGGAACAAAAUUUGACUGCUUAGGUUAAAGGGUGCUAAAUCGUUGCUGUAAACUACGCAGUUGCCCCACAUAUACUCCCGUCAUGUAAUUUUCUCAAGCAUUCCUUACUCGAUUUAUGUAUGAAACCACAGUGUUGUUUUUAUGGU